AUGGGGGGAAUACUCGAUCAAAUUAAAACACACCUAUCUUACUACACUCCAGCGAUAUAUCCGUCAACGAUUUCAAGAAAGAUUAAGGCAAAAGUAGCUGCGAAGAGAUUAUUCGUCACCAAGAUGGGAAGAAGCUUGAGUCCAGUUCUACGCCGCGAGUUGGAAAAUCUCGAUAAAGAUGCCGCAAGUAGAAAAUCCGCCAUGAAAGCUUUGAAAUCAUACGUAAAGGAUCUUGAUUCAAAAGCAAUCCCAAUUUUUCUCGCUCAAGUCUCUGAAACCAAAGAAACCGGAACCACAUCAGGUGAAUACACAAUCUCGCUUUACGAAGUUCUUGCUCGCGUUCAUGGCACCAAAAUUGUUCCACAAAUCGAUAAUAUCAUGUCCACCAUUAUCAAAACUUUAACUUCAACUGCUAGCUCGUUCGCUCUUCAUCAAGCUUGCGCUAAAGUGGUCCCCGCAAUCGCACGAUACGGAAUGGACCCCACCACAAACGAUAACAAGAAGCGAGAAAUCAUUCGAUCUCUUUUCAAACCGCUUUCGGAUUCUUUGUUAUCGAGUCACGAGAAUUUAUCUUCUGGUUCCGCCCUUUGUCUGAAAGCGCUUGUGGAUUCGGAUAAUUGGCGGUUUUCCACUAGCGAAAUGGUGAAUGAGGUUUGUCAAAGGGUGGCUGCGGCUUUUGAGAAGGGCAAAAUGGUAAAUUCACAUAUGGGGUUGGUUAUGGCGUUAGCGAAACAUAACGGGUUGAUUGUUGAAGCGUAUGCAAGGUUGUUGAUUCAGUCCGGGAUUGGGAUUUUGAAUAUGGGAGUCAAGGAGGGGAAUUCACAAAAACGGUUAUCGGCUAUUCAAAUGGUGAAUUUUUUGAUGAGGAGUUUGGAUUAUAAAUGUGUAAUGUCGGAAUUACCCUUUGUGAUUGAGGAAAUGGAGAAGAGGCAAAACGAUCAAAUGGCGUAUGUUAAAGGUGCGGCUUUUGAAGCGAUACAAACUGCGAAAAGAAUCUUGAUUCAAAAAGGAUCAAAACAAAAUCAAUCGCCACCUCAGUCACAAAUUAUGGAUUCUUUUGGUGAUUAUAAUUCUAUAUCAUAUUCGCCAUUUUCGAUUAGUUUUGCAUCUUGUGAUGUUGAUUCUGAUAGAAGUGUUAACCGAAAGCUAUGGAGUAAUGUGGAUGUUUCUCUAAAAGACGGGUUGUUUUCGAGUGGAAUGAGUACUCCAAGGAGCGUUAUUGAAAAUUCUGAAAAUAGCGAGUUAUCCGAGACACAAGGAGAUUAUGAAGAUGGAUUUUCAGGAUUCAUGCAAAGAAACCCCACUCCUAGGUCUCCUCAGAGAACAAGGUCAUAUGUUAAUGUUGACAACAUGGACCUUUUCACGACUCCUAGGAAACUACUGAUGUCACUUCAGCAUCCAGAUGACGACUGCUCAGGGAACCAAAGUAGAAGAUUCCGGAGCCCAUCAUCGAGCAAAUUCAAUCAGAGCCACACAUCGAAUUUUGAUCAAAAUGAAAGUUUCACGGAUGAAAAUGAACAAAUUUAUGGUACCUUAGAAUCUGUGUCUUCAACUGAAGACAUAGACAUCCCACCAAAUGGGAGUGAUCAUUUGCAGCCGUCUCAAGUACUUCUUCCGGAAGCAAAAACGAAAUCUCAAAGACUGUCAGCCGUCGUAAUUUCUUCCGGACUAGUGAUUCUACUUAUUGCUGUCAUUUGUUUCUUCUGGAAACAAGAUCAAGAUAAAGGGUACAACCUCGUACCUACCUGAUUUCUAGUGAU